AUGAUCUUCAUCGAGCCGGAUGUGGACUGCUUCCGGCUGCACCUGCGGGACGUCUGGGUGCCAGCACCGGUUCUCGUGCAAAACCUGGGCACCAUCGCUGGCCCCUCGGCCUCAGCACCAACGUCAGCGCUUGCUAGGCCAGUGUCUCGAUGCAACAAGCCAAAUGGCGGCAACCACAACGCGCCCCUGUCACACAGUUGCUUGAAGACGGAAACAACGACGGAGGCUGCGCGUGCGAGACCCUCUAGCUCAGCCACGCGGGAGCACAACGACCUUUAUGCAGAUGAGGCGUCCUCCUGUGCCAAGAUAACCCUCGAGGAACGUGCCGACGCCUUGCAUCGAGCACUGUUGAGCACCCUGCACGCCCGUUUCCCCUACGAAGCCCUGGACACGCUAGAGUACGCCUACGUUCUAGUCGUCACGCAUCACACCGCCCUAUCGCUUGGCAGCCAGGCCGUCACCGAGGAUGAACUGCACUGCCUCACCUCCCUCAGCGGUUUCCUGCCGGAGGAGCUGCGCUAUCGGACCUUUCCUUCACACCUCAACACCAUUAUCGAUCCGGCGUCAGUCGUAGCAGACGCAACAACCUUCGUCAAGCCAGCGCCACCAGCGACAAUGAGUGGAGUAGCAGCCGACUCCGCCACCGCAGCCCCCGCCGCAUCCUCAGCGGCUCGCCCGUCCAUCCGCGUCAUGGACGACAAUGCAGCCACCAGUGCGGUACAGGAAGAGGAGAGCGCCGCUCACGUCAUGACGCAGGCACUACACAGCGCUUCCAUGCCACCUCGCUUCUACGACUCGAUCUUUCUGCUCUCUCGGGCCCUAACGCCAGAGCAGCAGGCUCUAUAUUACGAGAUGCAGCUCAGCGGCCGCUGUCCCGUCACCUGUGAAGCCGUGCACCAAGUCAAUGCUACCACUGAGAAGGCAAACUGGGGCAGCGGCGCAUGCGGUAACACCAACACACGUAUGGAGCUCUUCUCUGUCAUUCAAGGGAACUUUACUCACUACGUACCAGUCGACGGGAGUGGAGGCGGCAACUCGGCGGCAAAAGCAGCGCGCCCCGCCACGUCGUGCAGCAGCCUUCGCCACGUGGCGGGGGAAAGCGUCACCUACAGAGUGUCGUCCACUGCUCCCAGCAGCAAUGAGCCUGCACAAGCGGCAUCGCGGCCAAGGUCAGUGUCAGAGGCUCGCUCGCUCUACUUCUCUGUCUACCGUAUUCCCCUUAGCCGCUUCCGCCCUGCCGAGCAGCAGUACUACACGAGCCAACGCGAGGAGCUGCGGUGGCGUCAGCGACACCGCGGCCGGUCAAGCUACCACACGUGGUGGCGAAAAGGGCAGUCGGUAAGGCAAGCGACGAGCACUGCCACGCCGUCGUGCGGCUCCUGCAACAGCAGUGAGAGCGAGGCUGAUGGUGAAGACUGGGAAAAGUCGGUAGGCCCAACAGUAAAGGCGGCUUCUCCGUUAUCCGGGGACAAUUUGCGGCGCAAUCACGACGUGGCCAGUGCGAUCGAAAAGCUCUUCAGCAGCGAAGGCCACAGUGUCAGCGGCGCGGCGGAGCAAGCGCCAACGGCAGAGCAACGCAGCGCGUUUCGCUUCUUUCGCACUUGCCACGAGGUGCUCACAAACUACGCUAUAGCGCAUUCGCCGUAUGCUGGCACAGGUGCAAUGGAAAAUGAGGAAGCGGCAGUAGACAGGGCGCCCUCUCCGUCGCCGCCCGCCACCACGCCAGCCGUGCACUCGCCUUCAUACCGGCAGGACCACCCGCGGCUGCCCUGGUUCCCGCGCCGGUUCUCUGGCGUCUCUUACGUCGGUGUUACCCGCCUCCUCUACUCGCUGGCCCCAUGCAACUGCUACCACCUCGUAAUGAAGGACCACAAUGCUCUCUAUUAUGCACAAUCGCAUCGUGCUCCGUACAAACCGCAGACAGCGCAACUCUGCCUGGUCUCUGACCUCUCGCCCGAGACUGGAGACGCUGCAGCGCUGCAGCGCCAACAAGACGACACUGGUAGAGGCGGAGGCGGCGUGCUGCGGCUGGCACAGCUAAAGUCAAGCACAUCGCCACUCACGACGACUUCGCAGGGCGUUGGAGAGAACCAUACCUAUUGCGGAACCGAACUCCACCGCGCAGUGACAGCUGCGUCGGCCGCACCGCCGACAGCCCCCGCCUCCGCUGCGGAAGUGAGGCGCCGUAGAGUAGGUGAACAGAAGACUCAGGCGGUGCAGCCGCGUGCACCAUCGCAGAUGCCAGACGUGACAGGGCAAGUGCUGUCUCUAGGUCGCGCGGCGCCAGGGCCCAGGGCCGACAAGCUGGCCGUUGGCGAUGGUGCCGGUGGCGCCGCAGCUAUCGAUCGCCGAAGCGAUCUCGUGUGUAUGUCAUUCCCGUCUCGUGCACCAUCUCCCGAGCGUGCCGACCGAGCGUCAGUCCAGACCUGGGUAACAACAGCCGCGACAACGCACGGCAGAUCGCAUCCUCCCUCCCCAGCAACGCCGAUGCAACCAUGCGGCGACCUCGUCUCAGCCACAGACGGCUUCCUCUGUGUAUCGGUGUCUCUCAUCUGCAACAGCAUCUCCGGGAACCCACAAACGAGGUUGCAAAACCUCACGGAGAAGGGGGUGCAUGUCCCCAGCUUUCUCUUACCUGAUGGCGCGCGUACUGUGGGUAGUCCCGACGCGGCCCCGAGCUGUCGAAGUUCGCAUGACGUCGCUUCGGUCGACGGUGGCGCUGAUGCAGCCGCCGUGAAUCUCUUCAAGGCACUUUCGCAGUCGUCGUUCGCACAUCACAAGCUGCGGUACGGAUGCAUACGCUCCGUCAUCUCUGUAGCCGUUCUGGACAGCUCGCAGCUCAUGUCGCAUGCCAACCCCGCCGCCGCUGCAGGCGGCGGCACAAGUUCGGAUGGGGCGCGACAGUACGGCACCCAUGAGGCGACGCAGCUUCAGCUGAGCCAGGACUACUCCUGUCGCGGCCUCGUCGACCACACGUGGCUCUCAAUCCCAGUGCAGCGGACGCCGGCGGAGCAGGAGGCAAUUCACUGGAUGCCGGUGAUGCUCGGCUGCACAGAUUGCGUGAGCGACGUUGGGCUGCGGACGGCCGUGCACCUAGGCAUCUUCCCACAUGCGUCGUCGCCGUCGCGCGGUGCGAAGGGAAGCCUCACCGGCCUCUCAGCUGCAUGCCUGCCCACACCAGCGGACCAGUUUGAUGGAGUGCUGCCAACCCGUGACGGUACGCUGUCGUCGUUGAGGUCGUCACAACGCAAGAAGAGCACAAGCACCACUGCUGCUGGUUACGCCCACGCCGACGCCAGGCCCUCAAAUGACAAGAAGGACAUGAGCAGACGGAUGCCUCCAGUGGCACCACUGCGACCCUACCCUGUCAACUGCGCCAAAGACGGUGUCACUGCUACUACCUCUGCAACGACAGCGAGCCCAUCGCGCGCAGCCGCCAUCAAUGUCAGAGCUGCUCCUCCAAACAUUCAGGAAAAGAGUGAGUCACCGCCGGCAGGAAGAGAAUGCGAAAGAGAAGCUGUCGCUGCGCCCGCUACUACGAUCUCCCUGGUCCGGUCAUCCAGCUCAAGUCCGGGGAUUCGAGUAGAACAGGCCCACACGCCGGUGAACUCCUUCGCCACCCUCCAUCAGCAAAAAGGUGUGCCCACUGCUUUCAACUCUGCGGGUGGCGACCACUCUCAUGCGGGGCCGCACCGCAUGGCUGGCACGGCAUCACCACCCCUCACGCGACCCUCCUCGCCAAGUCGCCGUCCCGACGCUCAAGUGCCGCGCACUACUACAACGUUUGACCGGCUGUCCAUCACGGUGACGGCGCCGAACGAGAAGAGUCAGAUGGGACACAAAAAUGUCAACGUGGACUUUGAUGAGGAGGAGCAAGUAGGCGCCUCUAUUCCUCCUGCGACGGCCACGUCGGUGCGGCUGGCGCGUGGUGGGAUCGCGCUCACCUUUGACGCCUGGCCAGCGCAGCAGCGGAAGUCGCCGUCCUCCUUCAAGGCCGGCGGCGCGUUCAAAGCGCGUCGGCCCCGUGCCAAUCUGACGCCUGAGAGCGUGCAGGGCUCUGUUGAGUUUUUGCGCGACUGCAGCGUUGCCGUGACCCGCAGCAGGCAUGGGGGUGAUGCGGUGAAGAGUAGAUCUGACAACGAAGCGUCCGUCGAGACGGCUGCGGACUCCUUUGAUGGCGACGACGAUUACCUCGAGCGCUGCCCGUCUCCGAUCCGCACGCGAGCAUCCGCACGAACGCCGCAAGCGGUGGGGUGGACGCCACCACGAGGAACCAACAUGACACGAGUUUUAGCAGCAGCCCAGCAUGCAGACAACACCCGUCGCGGCUGUGGUGGUGCCGGUGUUGGUGACGACGCUAAAUUUAACUUGCAAAGCAGCGGUGCAUUCGCAGCAGCGCUACCGGGCUAUUCUGCCGGAGCUCGGGAAGCACCACAGGCAGCAACCAAAACAAUCAACUGGGCCGACAAACCAUUCUCGAGCGCAACCGCCACAAGAACUGGCACUCACACAGGCGGAAGCCUUCAUUUUCCCUCCGCCUUUCACACCACAGGGGAGACCACUGGGAUGGCGGAGGAACAGCUCGAUGCGGAGGGCAGCGUACCCAGACGUGGCGUGGCGAUGCCGACAACGUAUGCGGCGGCGGCGGAGCGCCACGCUGGGGUGUUGGGCACCAGCAGCAAUCCUAAAAGCAGCAGGAGUAGCGGCUCCCCACAAGUCAGCCUCUGGGCGUCCCGCCUCAAUCCUUUCCUGGCGCAGGCGCACAAGACGCCUGCCGCGAACAGUAGCCAGCCGUACCACCUCGACGUGGGCGCGUCAUCGCAUCCCCCACCGCUACCACAUUGCUUUGCCUCAUAUACUCCCUUUCAACGUGCCAGCGGACUGCCCCAGCAUGUACAGCAGCAGCAACAGCAGCAGCAGCAGCAGCUGGCACCACUCCUCGCUGCUCAUUGCGCUGGCGCUAGUGCAACGCCAACGCCAACGCACCGCUUCUCCGCCCUCUUCACGCCGUUUGGCCAAGGCACCGAGCUGCCCCACCAAACAGCUGCACCGACGCCGGAGCAGCAACGGCUGCUGCACACGCACCCGCAAGACCGCCAGCCUCUUCCCGCUUCACGACAGCACAGCACAGGCGCCACCGGCUUCUCUGCUGCCUCCGCGCCGCACUCGCGCGUCUUGCCGUCGACUCUGGACCUCUCCGCCUCCGGUGUUUCGGUUAGCAGCAACAGCGACUCGGCAAGCAUGUGGCUGCCACUCCAACAGCACCCAUCAGCGUCGCCACCGUCGCAAGAGUGCUUCUUCGAUGACGCUGGGGCUCUACACACAACUUGUGAAAAGCAUGAAGAUCGUCGUGGCACUGUAAUCGCAGCUAACACGGCUACACCAACCGCCACUGGCGACGGCGACAUCGCCCCGCGCGGCGUUCAGAGUGCUGCCCGGCCAUCAGCCUACUUUUCCAUGACGUGGAACGCGCGCAAAACAGUGCAAGGUGCAUCGGAGCAGAUGGCAGAACCACCGCAGCAACAACAGCGGCUCUCAGGCGGCGUGGCAGGGCACCCCUUCUCUUCCCGCUGGCUCUCUUCUCCUCCACGACACGAAACGUACGAGCAAACGCAGGAGCCCCAGUCGCAUCCACGCAGCUCCUUCUACCCUCCGUCGUCGCCGCUGGGACUGCCAUCCUCGUUCGCCGCUGCGCGAAGCGCGCCGCCAUUAUCGGUGCAGACGUCAAACCGCAGCGCCCAUUAUACAGCCCCAGCGCGGCAAACCAUUGGCGCCGGAUACCCUUCUUUGCUCCCGCCCCCUCUGGCACCGCGGCGUGGCAGCGGUGGCGGUGGCCAAACCGCCUCGGCAGCCGACGCGCGUCACCUCAGUCGCAGCCUCUUCAUCGACGAGUACGACAACACGGCUGCCACCGUCAGCUCAGUACCGCACCUUCACGGAAACGGUCAGGGCGCAAGCCGUGUACGACCGCGUGGUCUCUCGGCGAUGGAUGCCGCGUGGUGGCAACCCGUUCGCGAGUUAUCCUCCGCACCGAACCUCCGCUAUGGUGCUGCAAUACCGGCAGCAGAUCAUUCGCGGUCCAGCACGAGCGCGCUGUGCUUGCCGGGCACCGACCAGCCGUACAACCUACUCCGGAGCACCACCUCGGACCCUAACGGCCAUCGCAGAGAUCUUUAUGGCAAUGACGGUGGAUGUCAGAAUGCUGGCGACGCCACAGCCGACGAUCUCGCCUUUCAGCAACGAAGGCGACAUUCGUACUACUGUUGUGAUGCCUCAUCACUGGGCUGUGGGGCGGCUACUGCACCCCUGCAUCCUGUGAGGACCGUCGUGCCACCAUCGCGUCUCGGUGGCCUCAAAGCAGACGCGGGAUUCGAAGAAAAUCAAGGCGUAGACGAGGUCUGCGCUGCAGAGCUUUCGCUGUCUCCAGUGAAGCCACGCCGCACGCAGAUGCAGACGCCAUUCGCGAUGCGUCGUGCCCGCUGCGCGGCUGCCACCGCGGGGCACAGCCUGGGACCGUUGUCCUGUCGUCGCCCUCCACUCGCGCCGCGCAGUACUGAUGGCGAUGCUGCACGUAACACUCUCUCUGGCGGGGCGGGCACGCAUAAGUUGCACAAGUUUUGUGCCGGCUACGGUGCCACCAUGCCAUCGUACUCCGCGGCGUGGCGCGAUGGCCUGUCGGUCCGCGAGCGAGUUCAGCUGCGCCGGUGGGCGUUAGACAAGGAGGAGCGACUGCACAGCUAUCGCACACACCUGCAGGAGAAUUACCUCUGGGGAUCAAUGCCGAAGCGCUACUGCUUCGAACGACAGGCAGGUGAUGCCGCAGCUGACAUGACUAGUGCUUCCCUGGGCAGUGGCCCAGUACGGGAAAGCGAUGUGGAGGGGGACGGCAAACAACAGCAGUUCGCUACCGUUGGCUACGCAGCUUGGACGCCGCGGACUACAGCCGUGCCGCCUGUGAGGCAUCAGACAGCAGGGGUGUUGCAGGUGGAGAGAGAUGCACAGGACUUCCGCCUCGGCGGGCACUGCUCUGCGCCUGAGUCGACCACUUUAGAGGUCCGCGGGUUAUCUGUAGAUGCAGCGCGGGUCUGCCAAGCCGAGGCACAUCUUCGCCAGCAGGCAAAACAGCAGGCAUAUAUGGAAACCCGACAGCAGGUGGAGGAGCUCCUCGAUGGCGCUGCUGCCGCAGGACUCGCAACCACCGGUGUCAACGUGAGCUUCACUCUGCGCGACGUGGCCACUGUCUUCCUUCGACUGCCACGCACCUCUCUGCAUGUGCCACGGACGCCAGGAUCGGGGCCGCCAUACGUCAUCGGCGGUGCUGGACUGGAAGUGCUGGACAUUUGCCAUGCCGUCUGUCGCACCGAGGGGGUGUCGUGCUUCCUCUCCCGCAGGCCCACGCAGCUGCGGGGCGGGUGGACGAGCUAUCUGGAGCGCAUCAACCUCUAUCAAGAGCCUUUCUUCUUGCGUGAUCAAGCGUUCGUGCUCCUCUUACCCGUCCCGCACGCGCCAACACUGAAAGUGUGCGUCGCGAUCCACAACAUCAACGACCUGCUGGCGCUUGUGUGCCAGACGCCAGUGGCGCGCAUUUUACCAACAACUGAGGAAACGUGGAUGCGGCAACGUCAGUACGGCUUUGAAGACGCGAACGGCGACGCAGAGGAGCCACAGGAGGCGGAGGCGGUCGUUGAGGAGCGGCGGUGGCUCUUUGGGCUUUUCACAACUCGGCGACUUGCGCCGGCCGCUGGCGCGCGCGCGCCACGCAAAGCCCAACAGCAGCUGCCGUCACUGGAGGACAGUGACGUGGCACGCCGAGCAGAGUGCUGUCGCCUGCGUCGCGAGUAUCAGAUGGACGGGCUGUGCCUCACGUGGCGUCAUCGGGCCCGACUGUGGUACGCAUUGCUGCGGGCCGGGUUGAACUGCCUCGAACUUCCGGCUUGCACGUCGCCAUUCUUGAUCGACCCCGUCGCGUGCAAGGCGAGGUGCGCACUGCUGUGUGGCCGCAUUGCCGCCUACGCAGUAGCGCACUACCGCCUUGAAACGCUCAAGGCUAUACGGCAGUUGUACCUCGAGACGCGUGCCGCGGAACUGUCGAAGGACCGGAUGUUGAAGCCUUGUGAUCGCACCCAUCACGGGACCACACGCGGGAUUCGACUUGGUCGGACGAGGGGCAGCAGCAGUCAUGGGGCAGCGAGCCGCCUGCUGUGCACUUCACCGACGCUCGCGUCGGUAUCCGCGCAACAGGAGCGGUGCGGUGAAUGCUUUGACAGUGAUGGUGUCUCGAGCACGGUACAUCAAGGUAUCUAUUCAGAAGCGCGGAGCGGGGCUCGUGAUUCAGCGCUCAAGACGGCCCCUUAUAAUUACUUCAGCAGCACCGACGAGGCUGCUCGAGACCCGCGAGCGGUGCGCAGCGGAGUUGCCUUCACCCUCGACAAACCGUCGAUCACGUGUAGCAGGCAGCCACCCCUCGCUGCUUCGACUUCAGCGUCUUUCCACCCAGGACACUUCGAGUCCGCGCGGCAGAGGAUGGGGAAUCGUAGUGAUGAGCAACAUCAGUGGGAAAAAACGUCUAUACCCCCUCAACCCUCCGCAAUGAGGGACGCCUCACGCGCCCAUCCUCCUCUGCGGCGGCUGGCCUCCUCUUCGCGCGACGGGUGGGCGGCGGGGCCGCCAACACCGCGCACGACACGCUCAAUGGAACUACGACUUGCCGCUACCCAACGUGUGGCCGCGGGUGACGUACCAGCGGCCUCACUGCGCCAUGCCACGCACAGAUCGGGGCUUGGAGAAGGCCGAUUGACAUUCAGCGAUUGCAGCGACACCUUCGGUCUUCCCUCGCACCGUGGCUUCAUGCCCGCCCCUGGUCGACCAUCUGCGCCACCACCACGGCAACAGCAACAGCAACAGCAGCCUUUAUGGAGUAGUGACCUCGGCACUUGCGCCACAUCAGCGUCCCCCGUUGAGGGCCUCGAUGGGGAAAUUGACACUGCGUGGAACCACACACGCGCGCGCAACAACGCAGCUGCGACCGCCCACAGACACGAGGGCAUGCCUGCCAGACCGGUAUUGGCGGCACCGGGAAUCACCUCUGCUAACGUCCUCUACGACGUGGAGGCGGACAACCACCGGUACGCUAGUGGCGGCGCGUGUGGGGCGAUGCAUCUCGUCCGUAGUGCGGCCACUUCAUUGGAUCAACGGAGCCACGCAUCGAGUGCGUCGCACGGACUGUUUUCCCCCGCCAGGUCUACCGUAGCGUCCUACCCUAGCGGCACCUCGCUCGCACCGUCGUCGAAGGUAAAGGUCUCGGCUGCCGCAACGGGCGACGCACAGCGCAUCGUUCUCCCCUCGACCGCAACAUCCACCGACUUGGACCCUCUCCUGCAUGUCGAUCGUGAUGGCGCAUGGGA